AUGGCUGCACACGGGUUGGGUUUUCUUCUCCCCAGGCGCCAGGUACAGCCGUCCAGGGCGCUCCUGCUUUCUGCCGCGCUUUUCCUCCUGCUGAGCGCGCCCACGACGUGGUGGGAGGAGGCGAGCGCCAUCGUUCUGCCUGAAACGCGCAAGGGGACGGCCGCGGACUCUCUCCUCACGCAGCGGGAGCAGACCCAUAGGUUUCGACGCGUUUUCGAAAGGGGCGGCGACCUCGUUUCUGCGCUGCGCCUCUCUUUUCUGGAUCGGGCUGCGCGCGCAGAACAACAGGAAGAAGGGACUUCCGCUCACGGAGUUGGCCUCCCGGCCGCUCCCCCACUGCCAGGCGAGACUUCGCGCCGCUCCGGCGACGCCUUGCCUUCUCCAGGCAAGAAACUCGAGACUGCUCACGCGCUGGUCUCCCCGCACAAUCACUCUCCGAGUCCCCCGCACACUCCCCCUUUCUCGGCUGCUUCGUCUCUAGUUCCGUCCGGUUCUCCUCCGUCUUCUUCGUCUCCACAUGGGUCGGGCGCGUCGGCUCCUUCUCCCCCGGCUUCUUCGGGGAGUUCGACGCUGGAGGGAGACGCAGCUCUGCUGGCGUCUCUCUCGCGCCAGACGCGCCCCAAAGAGCGCGUGGACAGCGUAAGCCGCGACGCCCGGCGAGCCCUCGAGGACUUGAUGCUCAGCGAGGUGUCCUGUCAGCACCUGACGCAGGCCGUCGUGGUCGUGGACGGCGGCAGCAGCAAGACGUUGCCCAGUCUGUUCACGGUCGUGACUGAGUCCUGCCCGCAAGUGGGACGCCGCGUGUUGGAGGGGACCCUAAAGUUCGUGGCCGAAGGCACGAAAGUCGCGGGCGUGCGCGACCUCUUGGAAGACUGGCUCGACGCGCAUGCAGGCAAAGACUGGGAGUCGCGCGAACUCGACGCCGAGACGCUCAUGCGUUCUUUUCCUUCGAUGCAGGAGCAGGCGAAUCGGCUGGUCUCGAACCUCAUCCGGGACGUGGUCCAGCUGCUCAGCGCGCAGCUCUCUGAAGAGGAGAAGGAAGAAGUGAAGGCGCUCGGCGUGCCGCUGUUUUUCCACACCACCGCGGGAGUUCGCGGAUUCCCCGACUGGUACCGAGACGGGAUGUUUGUCGCGCUGCGCCGGGCCAUCAACGCGUCGCCGCCGAUCGAGGGCUACGUGUUUUUCACAAACAACGAGUGGACGCGCCCGAUUUCCGGCGAAGUCGAGGGCAUCUACGCGUUCCUGACGGCGAAUUUCCUCACGCGAAACUUUGAGCGCAUCACGGAAGAAGGGCCACCGGGCCACGAAGAGCACGAACUGCUUGCGCACCGCAAACUCGCGGGGAUCGUCGAAGUCGGCGGGGCCUCGAUGCAGAUCGUCUUCCCCGUCCGGCCGUUCGUCCCGUUCCCGCCCUUCGCCAAAGUGAGCAAUCUGCAGAAAGAAGGCUACCUGCCGCACUCGUACCCACCCGUCGACCUCGUCGCCGUCUCCUUCAUGCAACUCGGCGCCUCGAGCGCCAGCGGAGUCUUCCUCAAGAUGCUCUGUGGAAAAGCCGAGUACCUGCGGAAGGGUGUCUGCCACAAUCCGUGCCUGUUUCGCGGGUUCGAACAGGCGUGCUCUGCGGGAGAAGUCUCCAUCUCGCCCGACGGGAAAAUCGCUGUCAGCUCGGACAUUCGGAAGAACCGACUGAAACCCGCCGCGACGUUCUGCGGCGGCGGCAACGCAGAAAUCAUGUACAAGUUGUCGAAUCGGAUUGAGUGUGAGGCCACCCGAAUCAAUCCGCUCCUCCCGCUCGAGCAGCGCCUGGAGAUUCCCCACUGCGAGAAAAUAGUCGGCACCGGCGACUUUGACGCGUGCGCUAAGGAAGUCGAAGACAUCCUGAUUGAUCCAAACCUGCCGCUGCCCGCGAACCAGGAGGCCGUCUCCCUCGGUUUCGAGACGCCCGCGCAAAUCUUCAAGUUCAUCUCCUCGAGCGCGCCGCUCUUUGUCACGGGCGCCUCCCUGGUCAUGCCCGUCAAACUCCUCCAGGCCGUGAAACUCCUCCCCGACGACUUUGACGGCACCGCGCGAACGCAGCUCGUCGAAGCGGCGAAGCGCUUCUGCGCGACGCCCUUGACUCGGGAGAAAGACGGCGCCCUGACCGUCCACGUCCAGACCGAAGCUGGGGCUUCCCAGAAGGCCGUCGAUCCCGUGAAACUCACCGCGCUGAACUACGAGACAUGCCACCGUCUCGCCAUGGCGGCCUCUGUUCUUCGCCAGAUUGACUCGGGGGCGAGACGGCCCAACUCGGUCCGUUUCGAGACGAAAGUCGCGGACGCCACCGACCCGCAGAAAGCAGUCGGCAACUUCGGCUGGCAUGUGGGCACCAUUCUCCACCACAUGUCCAACCCGAAGGCCUGGAGUACUGCCGCCUACGAACUCGGCGUCGGGCACACGUUCCACGACAGAAGGUUCGGGCUGCAUCCCCACAACCUGGCACCGGAAAGAAGCGAACCGGAACACGCGCAGAGCGACGCCGACACGACGUAUGGGGUAUCGGCGAAGUCUGCCUCGUGA